CUGGUCUCAUGUUGUCCCGAAAUGUGGUCUCUGCGUGCAGACAACGCACAAGAGGAUGCCUGCAUGCCCCGUCACGCUCAUUAGCUUCCAUCGCCGAGGCCUCUUCCUCCGCCGCUUCCUCUUCCUCCGCGACUAAAGCCGUCAUCAAUGCUGCAGUCAUUGUCAACCGCUCUCCCAUUCUUACACGCACGUCAUCCCUCUUCGAACGCGCUUAUUACGCCUACCAGUCACGCAUUCGUCGCGCCCUCUUCAAUCCCUUCCCAACCGAGUUCUACUUUAAGACCGGCUCCUUGCUGGAGAAGAAGUUUGCCCGAGAAGAGAAGUUGCGUGAAAAGGAGGCUUUUGGUGGUCCAUGGUCUUUGAAGCGGAGUGACCGGGGUUCGGAGGAUGAUGGCGAGCUUGGGAGCAUUCAGGUUUCACCUGACCAGGCAGACAACAUGGGCGAGGAGCCUAUCGAGCCACCUGCAUCGAGGAUACACGAGGCGGACAAGGAGGGUGACGUGAAGAGUCUUGACAGGCUUGGUGAGCGGAAUCUCUACCUCCUCAUUCGGGGUAAGGACCACCUGGGUAAGGAGGUGUGGAGGUUCCCUCAGGGUCCACUACAAGACGGGGAGUUCCUCCAUCAGGCUGCGUUGCGUGACCUUCAGGCCGAGGUCGGUGAGAAUAUGGACAUAUGGGUAGUGGGCAAAAAACCUAUCGCUGUGUAUCAGCCCUCACUACCAGAGAGCACAAUCAAGUCUCUCGCCGGAGAGCUGUAUACAUUCUUCCUCAAGGCACACAUUCUCGCCGGGCAGGCUCGGCCAUCUGGCAAGAAUGUCACAGAUUUCGCUUGGCUCACGAAGGAAGAGAUUGAGCCUCGGGUAGAGAAGGAUUACUGGGCGAGCGUCAAGGAUAUUCUAUCAGACCACUAAUGCUUUCGUCAUAAUUGCUUUGCAUUACACCUGCUCAUACACAUCCGCUGGAGACCUAUGCUGUUUGCGACCCUGCAAGCGAAGAAGACACUAACGUCGUUCAGAGUCGGUACACUACACGCGCAUACCAUUCCUCCGAGCUGUCGUAACGUAUGAGGUAUGGCCCUUCGUCUCAUUCGGGUAGAUCGCAAGCAACAUGUACGAUCAC